UCAGCACGAUUCUAUUGCGUCCCCACUACGUCAUGAUUUAAAAUGAUAUUCGGUGCAAAAUAGCGUACAUUGUAUCUGUACAUCGCGACAGUCGGGAUUGUGGGUGAUACGAGCGUUCCAAUAGAUAUCGCAGCGGCCCGUGUUGCUGACAGUGCUGUAGCCGUGCGCUGGUCCCGCCGUGGUUAGUUGGGAGCUGGAAAGGGAGCGCGCGGCAGCGCCGGUAUCGAUCUGAACGUUUCGUGUGCCCGCUCGUGCACGACGCGACGUUCUCUCGGGAUAUUCGCCCAGUGGUCGCCGUCGGCGCCGGCCUUGCUGCACUGUUUACGCGCAGUGUAUAUUUAUUUCAUCCGCGCGAUCAUGCUCACCGGAGCUAAUUGUUAACGCGACACACGCAUCCGCGAGCGCAUCUUCGAGCCGCACUAGGCUUCGUCGACGUAUUUCAUCAAUCCCAGAUCAGCGAAACUUUAGGUAUUCAAGAUGGGUUGCUUUGUGAGUAAAGAUAAACUGACCAAAGAAGAUAUGGACUUCUUGAAAACUCACACGUCCUAUGAUGAGACUACCAUCAAGGAGUGGUAUAAGGGUUUCAAGCAAGACUGCCCGAACGGCAGGUUGACACCAGCUAAAUUCGUAGACAUGUAUAAGAUGUUCUUCCCAUCCGGUAACGCUGUAGAGUUCUGUGACCAUGUGUUCCGUACCUUCGAUAUGGACAAGAACGGAUACAUUGACUUCAAGGAGUUUCUGCAGGCCAUCCACGUCACGUCAAGUGGCACUCCUGAAGAAAAGCUGAAGUGGGCCUUCCGCAUGUACGAUGUUGAUGGCAAUGGAGUCAUUGACAUUCAGGAGAUGACGAAAAUCGUGCAGGCUAUCUACGAUAUGUUGGGUGCUUGCUCUAGCAACCGGCCAGCUGAUUCUGCUGAAGAGCGCGCCAAGAAUAUCUUCGCUAAGAUGGAUGAAAACAACGACGGACAACUGACGCAGGACGAGUUCCUGAAGGGCUGUCUGCAGGAUGAGGAGCUUUCAAAAAUGCUGGCGCCUUAAAUCGGCGAUUAACUUCUUUUAACCCCGCGAUCCGUUCUCACAUACCCACCCCCAUUGUAUGCCUCACGAUAACCCGACGGCGUCGUCUUGUCCACACGGCAGCAUUUAAAGAAAGAGUCGUUGUAACAUUUUUAUACUUUCAGUCAACCAUUUGAUCAUUAACCUUACAUUCUCACUGUAAAUAUAUUUUCGAAAAUUAAAAUUCACACGUACAUUUCAAAAUUUUAUAUUCUGUACAAAAGUUUAAAUCAAAAUUCGUGUAUAUCUUUUAAUAUUUGGAGAAAUUUUAAUCGUUGCGGUGUAAGUGGAGGUAAAACCGGGUCAGCUUUUAUCAUCGAGUCGGAUCUAAUACGGUAACGGUGCGGUUGUGUGGUGUUGCUGUCGUGUUGACAUGGCAUGAGUAUGUAGCAUGUGUCUGUGUAACUCACAUUGUGUUUGCGCAUCCCGUGCGAGUCUACUGCGGCCGGCAAUUGUUCACUAACAUCUGCUCGCAGCUAUAAAUGAGUCACGAAUCAUGCUAAAUUGUCGUUGUACCUCGCCCAAUAAACACAGGCCGAAUCUACUGAUUGCAGCCGCAUGUUGGCUUUACAGCCGAAAUCACAGCUAAAAUCAGACACACUCCAACAAUGUAAGAUCGGUGGCGGUUGUUGCUCGGCUCGGGAUGGGGUAUUUUAGGCCCGACAGUUCCUAUUCCCACAUGCGAUACGGAUAUGCGCUUCACAAUUUGCUUUCUCACGACGCAUGUGAAUAUUGUCGAUUGUAAAAAAGUAUUGUAAAAUUAAGCUACUAUUGAUGUAACGAAAUUGACGUCAAUGAAUCCUCGACUUAAAAAUUGUCCAUUCCUAAUGAUAAAGUAUGAAUGAUAAUAUAAUGUAUGUGGAAUAUGUCGCUGUCGGAUUGUCCACUUCGCUAAUAGUAUAAGAUUGUGUCCGAACCAUUCACUUCGUAGCGUUCUAUCUAUGACUAUUCCUAUAUGUGACUCUCGGUCUAUCUGGUUCAACGCUAUAUUCAAUCCGAUGACGGAUUACUAUAAUAAUAAUGCACAGUAUAAAUCUUACAUUCUAAUAUUAAGGCAAAGUUAGCGUAGCUAUGUGUGUACAGAAUCGGUCAGAUUGGUUGAACAAACCUUACUCGUUGCACGCAAUAGGUAGGUACAGCGCUAACAAGAUUGUAGCGAACAUCACGACGCGAUAUUACUAUCACAAACAACACACACUGACAAUCUGAUCUGUUCUGUCGGCGUUAAGUUCAAUUUAUGUAAGUUAAAAUAACAGUAAUAUUCUACAUGAAUAAACUUUAUAUUAUUAUCGUUUCUAGUUAUUGGUGUUGUUUAUUAUUGGUGUAAUUCGUAAAUUCGUCAGGAAUCUUCUCCGCACCCGGGCUUGCUCCCUGUGUCGCCCGGGCAGGACUCACGCUUCUUUGUCCCCGUAUUAUUUCAACGCUUUCGUACUCUCUAUUCGUGAUACUAUCUCUUAUCAAUUAUUUUGCUUUGUAAUCUUACCUAUCUACUAUUUGUACUAUUCAUUGGAGUAUCGUGUGUCCCAAAUCAUUUCCCCACUACUGUGCCUUCUAGUUCCCUGUUGUAAAUAGUUUACAGAUUCACCUUUAUUUAUUUUAACUACUGUCUAAGUUUACCCCUGUUAAUUUUGCCAAAGGUGGCCAAAAACCUAACCCUAAACCAAAUUGUAGUGUGCCCUAGUCCCAUAUUUCGUGUUAUACUUAAUUUUAGCGUUUUAUUGUAUUACUUAGUCGCAGUCUUCACCAAUAGCCACUGGCCGCACACAGUCGAAAGGGUCGCGAUAUUAUUAUUUAAUUUAAAUUUAACUACUUAAGCUGUGUUGUCUUCUUCUUUAGUUUUCAGUGCAUAAAGUAAGAUUAUUUAGAUAGUGUAUUUAUAAGUAAACAAACAGCGCGCAAACAACGCACAAUUAUGUAUACAGGCCCAACGUGACGUUGGCUUGAAUCAAAUACAUAAGUAUUUUUAUAUUUGUUAGGUCUGUGUUGAAAUAUAUUCCCGAGUGUCGUUGGCAAUAGGUGUGCGGAAGCGCGGUCGUCGCCGGCGGUUGCUCGAUUUGUGGUGAUUUCAAUUUGAACUGCAAAUCUCAAGUCGACAGCCGUGCGACAUGCCGCAAUCACCGCAUUAGAUUGUCUUCGUACAUAUUUUAUUCCAAAAUCGUGCAGUACUCUCGUGGGAAUCUCCGCUUCCUUGUCGCAUCAGGCUCACAUCCUAUGCAGUCGAUUUUAUAGCAAGUUGAAUUUUAACAUUUUAUUCACGCCCGGAAUAAAGUGUCAAAGCACUUUACUAUAACACCCGUCAGUAUCAAGAGAUGCAAGCGGCUGUGUACGUUUCUGUAAUGAGCGCAUAUUGACAUUAAUUUCCAUAAUCAUGUGCACUGGAAGCUAACAUCCUUGCAUUAAUUUGGUGUUAAAACAUUCCAUGUGAUAACGCAGUACACUAUAGUCAUUAAGUUUUUACUUAUAUUUAAUGUACGAUUAUUUCAUUAUAAACUUGUAUGAUUUGUAUAAUUUUGAUGGUUUUAUGGGUAAAUUGUAAAUUGUAUUAAUUUAUUUUGUUAUUAACUCUCUAACUCUAUAGGUAAUUUCGAUUAUUUCAUUCAGUUCCCAGUUCAGAGACAAUUGGACGUACAAUACGAUUCUCCUUGUUGCCACGACGAAGUACGUCACAUUAGAGGAAAGUUUAACACGAUCAUAAAUUGACUGAAUUUUAUACAAACAUAGAAGAAGGAUCAAUAAUUCUCAUCUCGGACCUGAAAGUAGCUUCGCAGACAGGGUGUUGUGUGACAUAUCAGAAAAAGAUUUUCGAUUGGAAAUAUAGAACUUUAAAUAAAAUUUAAUUGGAAUGUAUAACCAUUUCCUAAAAAUAUCGCCCUAGGCGUAACGUACUCUGUCUCACUAACAGGCAAUUAUUUGGUUACGGCUCCAACAAUGCCAGUGUACAUAUCCCAAACGAAACAGUUGCAACUUAAAUUCAACAUAAUAUUUAGUCAAUUAUUAUAUUCAUAAAAGUUUUAUUGAGAAAGUUAAUUAUUACGCGACCCAGGCCUAUGAGUCAGUUGCUACUGAUCUUUAUAGUUACGGUUAGCUAGGCUCUGCCACCCAUUGGCAGUCUAUGUGCUACCCUAUUAUCCAAACUUUAUCUCUUACUACUUGACUCGAUCACUUCACUGCGAAACAAAUCUUUAUGUAUGCACUUCUACCGCACCACGUAUAGUAACUUUUAUCAUAGGAUUUAAAAUAUUUCAAUCAUAGAGUCGUAAAGUCAAUGUGGAUUUAAUAAGUUCGCUUGUGGUUUGAGUUCUUAAAAUUUGCCAUGAAUUUGUGCCAUAUAAUUUUGAUUACAUUUUAAAUCUAGGGCGAACAUUGGCAAAACAGUUAUCAUAAACAUCCGAGUGAGGACGCCACUGGCAGCUUCGUUUGAAAUCUCGUAGUGAGACAAUUCGUUCUCUUUGCACAUAAUCGCCCAUUUUUAUACUUAAAUAUUGGUUAGGACAUAAGUGAAUACUUUCUUAUUGGUCUCAAAUAUGUAAUCUCAAUCUGUGGAAGUAUGUGACUACUCUGUUUUGACCUGGCAAACUUGUCUGUAACCAGCAUGUUAUUUAUAUAAUUAGCAGACAUUACAAUGAAUUAAUUGUUUAGCCUAUGUGUUUAUUUAUUUAGUAAAAUUAUUAGGUAUAUAAAAUAUUUAAACAAAUUAUAUAAUUGGUGUUAUGUUAAGUGUGUAAGCGAAAUGCCGACUUGCCCCUGGUAAUUAAAAAUUAAUGCAAACAAGCAUCGAAUUUAGUACUCAAGUAUUAAGAACGUAAGAACAGCUUCCACUGGCAAAUGGCAGUUCGCGUAAUUCUGAAAAACCAACAGAGUAGUUACCUUUUUGAAUUCUAUUUCGUUAACGUACUCUUAGUAGUAAGCUUCAAAUAUAUUCCUUUAUUUACGCUGUAUAAUUUAUUUAAUAUAUAUUUUAGUGUAAUCUAUUGUUUAAGAUAUUAUUGUAACUAUCUGCGAUAGUCGCACAAACCAGGUUUACUUGUAUAUUUUUCCUUAAGUGCAGCUACUUUAUAUUCAAUGUAUUUGCAUUUAGUAUGUACACUAUCUUUGUAUUAAAAAUACGAUUACAUAUU